UAAAAAUCAAAAAGACUCUUCGCCCCCCGUGGAGCCCUCUCCGAGAAACGGAUACGUAGAAGCAUAUUGGAGCCUUUACAGUGCAUUAUAUUGAUGAAAAGCCGGCGCUGCAUUCACAUGCUCUGACUGUGAUGAAAACAGAGGAGAGACAUUAUGCUGAAACGUGUGCGGGACACUUUAUUGAUGUUGCACGGCAGUGGAAUGUGUCACAUAAAGUCACCACACUUAGCACAGAUAGUGAACGAAAUAUGAUCGCUGCUGCGAGACAACUGCCUUUUGACCAUGUCCCCUGCUUCACGCACAGUCUCCAGCGUUCUGUCACAGUAUCUCUGCAUAUCAGUGCGUUUGACAAUAUCCUGGCCAAGUGCAGAAAAGUUGUGGGGCACUUUAAACACAGUCCAGCAAGUGCAGCAGAAUUAGAGCAACGAAAAGUUGAACAUGGACAGAAGAAGGAGUUGCUUAUGCAAGACGUUCAAACCAGAUGGAAUUCUACUCUGGACAUGAUAAAAAGCAUCCGCAGAACAAACAGCCACUGAGAGACGUCCUCACCACAGACACCAAGAUUGUCAUGCCAACUACAGCUGAAAUGGACAAACUGCAGAGGGUGGAAACGCUGCUAGAGCCUUGCAGGUAUUUGACUGGACUUUUGGGAGGAGAAAAGUUUGUCUCAUGUUCUGUGGCUCUGCUUGCUUUUUGCCAUCUGUCCCGGAUGAUGGAGAGCUCAGAUGAUGACCCUGCCUAUGUGACCAAGUUCAAGUCUACAUUCAGAAACGACAUGGAGACACGCAAGGGAAAUGCCAACAUUGCAUAUCUGAUGAUUGCUACUGCAUUGGACCCUAGAUUCAAGGACCUCAAGUGUAAACCCAGAGCUGAGAGGAGUGAGGUGUGGGCCUCAGUCACCAACGUAGUCAAGGAACAGAGGGUUAUUGCAGAGAAACCUAGGGAAGAAAAAAACUCAGAGCCACCAAAGAAAAAGGUAACCAUAUUGGCUGUUUCAUCUGAGUCUGAUUCUGAACAGAAAGAAGACUUAAUUGAGAACAGUGUGCGUCGAUACAGAGCAGAGCCCGCCAUCAGUUCAGAUUCCUGUCCAUUAGAGUGGUGGUCCAAACAUGCAGGCUCACACAGCAGGCUGGCCCCCUUUGCACAGAAGUACUUGGCCACACCGGCAACCUCCGUCCCCUGCGAAAGGCUGUUUUCUCUUGCUGGUCAUAUUGUCCAGAAGAAGAGAGCUUCUUUAUCAUCUGAAAAUGUAAACAUUCUGGUGUGCCUUAGCAACUGGCUUAGUGCAGAGGAAUAA